CGCGUAUGCAGUGCAGUCUGACGACCCCAUUCAAUGCUGUCGGAAUAUUUAAAUACAUCAGCUGAACUGACACCAAGAUCACCUGAAAAAGACCGGGAGUUUCGCGCCCUCUGGAGGUGACUGCGUAGUAUCGUUCUACUCCAUUGACCCGGAAAUAGAUUUCACUUCUCUCGGUCACACGUGUGGAAGUACCAACUGGUUAUCAUGGGGAAGUCCAAACAAACCCGAAACCACAACAAUGGCAAGAAGAAGAACAUUGCAAAGACCUGGAAGACAAAGCGCAGGACCAAAGACCUGGAUCAGAUCCACUCAGACAUGAAGCCUGACACGGCUGCUAAACUGCUGCAUCAGGAGGUUGACUACGAUGUAACCGGAUGUGCACAACACUACUGCUUACACUGCGCGAGAUAUUUUGUGGAUAUGAGAUCCUUGAAAGAGCACUUCAAAACUAAAGUGCAUAAAAAACGACUGAAACAGCUCAGAGAAGAGCCCUACACCCAGGAAGAGGCAGAGAGAGCAGCAGGCAUGGGCUCAUACAUCCCUCCAAAAGUUGUUGAAGUGAAGACCCAACCAUUAGAGGAGGACAUGGAAUGAAAGCCUCUGACAUUAAUCCACAGACUGAUUAACUCAUAAAAGAGGCAUUAGCAGUUAAUGCUUGCAGUUAUUGUUGUCACAUACUUUAGUAGCAAAUCUGAAAAUGCCUUUUGUGACAGAUAAUGUUUGUUUUUCAGCCAGCUGUGAGAAACGUGGUUGUUAAACUUCCAUCACCAAGUUCAGAAGACUUCUCCUUACAAUCAGAUGCAUUGUCUGCCUAUGUAAAUACAAAGGAUGGUGGAAUGUUUUCUACAAUAAUAAAUUUUGUGGAGUUGAUUAAGUCACAUUACACAUGUGGAGUACAGCAGUGCAGUUAGAGCUGUACCUGAACUUACCAGACAAAGAAAUAGAGGAAAACAUGCAUUUCUGUACACAAAGUAAUAUUUAUUUUUCACUCUAGUUGUUCAUUUAAAAUACUGGACAGUUAACUAAGUUUGACUAUUGAUAGAAAAUGUAAUUCUGCUGUGUACUGUAGACCUUAUUUUGUUACUGCUUCAAAUGGAGGGAAUUGGAGAUGUGCAUAGUGAUUCAGAUGUCUGCGACCAGGCUAACUUAUACCUCGUUAAACUUCUAAAUGUUCUUAAUUAAACAAUCUUGAGACAACACUGCACAGA